AUGCCAAGUGUGGCUUCCCGUGGGCUAAAGUUGCAAGCGGGAGUCUGUGAGGCCGAAGAUCACGUCUUCUCGGGAGCGAAAUUGGCACCCUUUGUCGCGUCCCUGGCGAACAAUCCAUGGAAUUUCGAUACGAAGAAGCCGUCCCCAGAUGCAUGGCUGUGGGUGACUGCUGAGCCGCUAUUGUGA